CUAUAUCAAUAACUUCUUUCCCAAGAAACUCAACCUGCUUACAUCUCCCUUUUCAUUUGUUUAUUGCGUUUCUUGUUUCUCUCGCUUGAUCACUUUCUGCAAUUCUUCUUCUUCUUCUUCUUCUUCUACUACGAAAAUCUGAGUUGCCCCCCUACACAUCUGCAGAAGAGAAGAAUCAUGACGAUGAUUUAUCCACCAGAGGAUGAAACCGUCGGUUAUUAUCUGAAGAUGAUGCUCGAUAAAAGAAACAAGUGGCCUAGCAACUUCCUCCGAAGCGAAGACGUGUACUGCGUCAACCCACGGACGCAUUUCAAUACUCAAGAACCUUUGAUCCUACACGACGGACGAUAUUUGUUCGUUAACCGAACAAAGAGUUCUGGUAAAACCGAUGGAUGUGACUCUGGUUGCUGGAGGAUCAUGGGUCGUGAUAGACUGAUCAAGUCGGAGAAGAGCGAGGAGAUUCUAGGGUUCAAGAAAGUUUUCAGGUUCUGUGAAAAGAAUGAGGAGAAGCCAAAAUCGUUUUUUAAGUUCAGCUGGGAGAAGGCAGAGGAGAAGGAGAAGAGACGAGCAAGAGACAAGAGGGUUUGGGUGAUGGAAGAGUAUAGGCUUGCGAGUAAAUGGAAACAAGAUUACGUGAUCUGCAAGAUUCGGCUUCUGAAUCCAAACCCACUAGAGUUUAUGUUAUCCAACCAUGUUCGAGGUUAGGUUACUAUCUACGAUAUGAUUUUGGAUUCAAGACUCGCUUUAUGGUUUCGAUUUCUGGAAAUUUCAAACUAUCCUUUAUGAUUAUGGAUCUGCAAUAUGAUUAUGAUUAUAGAUAUGAUGAUUAUGGAAUUAGUGUUCGAGGUUCCAGUUUUUUUUUUUUUUUGGCAAAUUCGAGGUUCCAGUUUAUGAUUAUGGAUCUGCAAUAUGUUUUCUUUUUAUUUUCCCUUUUCUCUUUUUACAAAUAUCUGUUUUUCAGUAGUUUGUAAUACAAGAAACCCAAAAAUACAAACUUUUUUUUAAAAAGGAAAGAGAAAAUAAACAUACCAGGUGUGUUAAUGUGUUAAUUAAUGAAUAUAUUUCUAACAGUUUGAUUUUAGCAUAAAAAUGAAGUAAACAAUUUGAGAUGCAACAAGGCCAAAA